AUGAAUGUACGUCCAGUAGAUGAGUUAAUGGAGUUAUAUCAAGAACUCACACAACCCAGUAGUCACUACUUAAAUAACGUCCAACAACAACAACAACAACAACAACAAAGAGAUGGUCUUCGUUCUCAUAGUGGUGGUUCCUCUAAUUCUCAUCAUUCCUACAAUAGCAUGACUGCCGCUCACUGGCGAACAGGUAUUCCAUCCCCACAAACACAAACAACUAAUACUAAUACUAAUAAUACUAAUAAUACUACAACUAUUAAUAAUACUAUUCAAAAUGUGAGAAGUCUUACACCGAGUACAUAUGGGGCGAGUGAUAGUCAUCACGAUGGGCAUUUAGUGUGGGAAAAGAGAAGUUUAGAAGAAAAAAGGCGGCGAAUGUCAACAGGAUUGGUGGAAAGCCGCUGCGCAAGUGCCGUAAUGCCAACAGAAUUUCAACAGAUUAAUAAACCACAGAAAAGAGUAUGGGAGAAGUAUUCCAAUAUACGUGAAACUGCAAGGGCUGAACUGCACACAUUAGAGAAUACUAAUACUACUACUACUACUACUACUAUUACUGGUGAACCCUCACGGCGAACAGAAUUAUUAUUUUCAUUCCUACGACAACAACAACAACAACAAGAAGAAAAAAAAGGGGAAAAAUAUAAAGAAGAAAAAGUACGAGAGUUAUUUAGGUGUUGGUUAUGUGAGACGGUAUGUACAGAGAUGGGUUGGUUAACAACCCCCGCCCUCUAUCAUUCUACAGAUCCUAACAAACAUCCCAACAAACAAUAUCCUCAUCCUCAGCAUCAAUAUCAUCGACUUCAGCAUCAUCAACAUCAUGAUAAUAAUGAAGAUAAGAUAAUAAUGAUGAUGAUGAUAAAGAAAGAGAAGAACAAAGAGAAGAGAGAUGAUAAUUGUUUCCAAAUACUCCCAGUAACGUUAUUAACACUAUGUACACGCUGCAGUGCGGCCUGUUCAUUGCCCCUAACAGCCGCACACGCAAAUGUCCUGCGAAAGGCCGGCGCUACACGGGCAUUGGCACAACGCACCGUCGCGUUUGUAACGGCAGUGCGGGAAUAUAAACAACUGUUGGAAGUUCUCGCCGCGGAUGUGCAGAAAACACGAGAGACUCUUUUUGAGAGAAAUGAGAAGAAACGCACAGGCCGACGAAUAAGUGGAGAAGAUGUGAGAAAUAUGAGAGAAACACCACCACCAUCAUCAUCAUCAUCAUCAUUAGUAGUAAUCUCUUUUUGGGAUUAUCCGCAUGCUGUACAGUAUAAAGUAAUAGAUAAACUUAUUUCCAUGCUGAAAUCUACACUGGAAUUGGAUGUGCUCGCCUCACUUGGAGGGCGGAAACAAAUACAGAGUCCAAGAGAGAACACUAACACAAUAGCAACAACAACAACAACAAUACCAUCAUCAUCAUCAUCAUCAUUGUUAUUAUUAUUAUUAUCAUCUCAGGAGAGGGAGGUGUUGCGCUGUGAGCUUGCAUGGCUACAAGAGCAAUUAUCCUUUAUCCAGCAUAACAUGAACGCAGAAACUGGUAGUAAUAAUAAACUAUUAAAGAGUAAAGAUACACAAAUUCAUACGAAUAUUCAUUCUAGACGUGUAUUAGACUCUAAUAGUAGUAAUAGUAGUGAUAGUAGUGAUAAUGAGAGUGAGAGUAUAAAGAGAAAAUCCGCAUUAAGCCAGACUCCAGUAGAUGGAAUGGAAACCAAAAUCCAGCCUUCUUUCCAUUCUAUAAAAAGAGAAGAUAAACAACAAACACGAGAUCCCGCACGUAGUGUUGUUGUUGAUAUUGAGCAGCGAGGUCGAGAGGCACUGGAUCGCAUGAUGGAACGGGCUCUACUCGCACGAAGAGAAAAUCAUAUGAAAUCUGAUACUGAAAUUUAUCCAUCUACUGAAACAAUAAAAGAAACAGAAACCAUUACUUCUACAAUCUCUACACCUCUGGAUAUGGAUGAUAUCCUUUUACAUUAUUUUGAAGGUCGUUUAAAGGAUCUACCACGGUUUAAAGUAAUUCCCUUCAACAAUACAACACAAACCGAUGGAAAUAGUAAGCAUAUUACUAUACCUUUGAACUCCUUAAGGUAUGAAGAAGAAAAGAAUUUACCAAUAACACAAUCCAUAAAGGCAAAUCACUAUACCAAUACCAAUUCUUCAAAUAUAAUAUCUAAUGUUCCUCCUGUUUCCACUACUACUACUACUACUACAACUCUUACUACUACUAUUGCUGCUGAUGCGGAUAUGGUAGAUGCUGUAAUGAAUGAUACUUCUUCUUUACUAGCGAGACUCCAAGAAGAGCAACAACGACGUAUAGAGGCUGAAGAGGCUCUUAGCAAAGCUCAUCAAAAAAUAGCCGCAUUGGAAUUAACAACAGAGAACAUGGCAGAGUCCCUAUUAAAGCUAAGAUUUGGAAUGGAACAUCACUUAAAUGCUAUACAGCAAUUUAUGCGAACAUUAACAAUUGUUUCUUCUGAGUUCGCUAUGCAGAAGUUACUUUUAUUUUCUGAUGAAGUAGAAGCCGUACUUCGUCGCACUCAACGGGAUAUUUAUAUUGCACAUGGCCGAUUGGCUCAUAGUUCAACUAAUAUUGCUACUUCUAAUUCGCAAAUAAAACAUAAUGACGUACCUAUUCAACUGAAAGAUCUCUUUCAUGAGAAGCAUAAAUUUCCAACAACUAAAACAACAUCAGAUGUUGUUAGUAAUAUACCAGAAACAAUAGAAGGUGCUACUCAUAUCUGUUCUGAGAAGACUGGGACUCCUGCUUCUCCAACAUUGUCAACUGUUUCGUUUCCCUUAUCUCUUCAAUUACUACCUCUAGCAGGUGAUGUAAGUGCCAUCAAACAGCAGAGGGUAUGA